CCCCCAGGGGGGCGUUUCAUGAACAUUUCCCGUCUGACAUCUUGUCAGAUCCGACAACUACGUCAUCGUCUGACAUCUUGUCAGAACUGACCAAAAAACCGUUUCAUGAAGCUCGCAGCGGCCGUCUGACAUCUUGUCAGACGGUUUUAAUUAUUACAUCGUAGUGAACGAGCCUACUGACCAAUUAGGCUCCGCCCCAAACUGGCGGCAAAGAAAAACAUUAAAAAUUUUCGCGAUCGUACCCUUCUGCUGCUGCUGCUGUCUGAGCAAAGAUGGACACGAACACAGAAGAACCGACGGAUGGACCGAGAGUAACAUAUAACGAUGCCCAAGUACAGGCAAUAUGUUCAUAUGUGAGAGAGAAUUACACUGAAUUAUUUCCAUGUAGUGACAAGCCAAAUACCAGAGGACGUGUUGCAGAGGCAUGGGACAGGGCAGCCACCACAUUGAUGAGUGGUGGUCUGCCCAUUUCUAAUGCCAAGAAGGCCCCUGGUGUGCACCUCCGUGACCUAUGGCACAAGAUGGUGUCGAGGGCCAAAAAGUACCGUGAUGACCGUUCACGUACAGGUGGUGGCCCUCGACCCAGGUUCCAUCAGCGCCAUGAAAUGGUCAUGGAGGUGCUACCUAAACCUGCAUGCAUGGGCUUUCUUGGCCAAGAGAGCGAAGGAGGGAAUUUAAUUGCCUUACUAACGAAUACGGAAGACUUUGAUAACAUGGAAGAGCAAUAUCAGACAACACGGCAGCAUCAACAACAGCAGCAGCGGCAGCAACAACAGCAACAACACCAGACACAGCAACAACACCAGACAGGGCAACAACAGCAACAACACCAGACACAGCACCAGACCCAACAACAACACCAGUCACUCCAGACCCAGCAACAGCAAGUGCAACCUUUGAAUGAACACCAUCAACAAGAUCGACGGCAAAAACCACAGCAUUCUAACCUUCGACAAGUGCGAAAAAGGAAAGCAGAUUAUCAGUGGGAGUUGCUGGAGUGUGAAAAGGAAAAGCUAGGUGUAAUGAGGCAGAGACUAGAGGUUGAGAGAGAAAAAGUUCAAGUAUUGAAGCAAAUAUUUAACAAACUUAGUGGCAAUGUGUCAGAGAAUGAAUCAUAAUUCCAUAAACAAUUUUGAUAGAGUAAAGAAAGUAAUAACUAUAAAGACAAAUUUUGGAAUAGUUAGAACAAUCACGGUUUGAAUGAAAGUGAUUGGAAAUAAUUGCAUUUAUCAUUAAAUGCACACAAAGGUACUGUGUUCUAAUUUGUUUCAUUAGAUAUGGUUUCAAAUGAAAACUUACAAUUGAUGAUUAGGAAUUUUAUAGCAACCAGACAAUAGUAAAGGACUUUUUCUUCAAAAGUUUGGUAUUAAAACCGAUGACAGAUAAAUUUUGGUACAAGUAAAUUUAAAGGAUGACAAACUGACAGUUGAUUUAUGCAAAAAAACUACGAAUGAUGUCAUCUCUAACUUGUUUUCCUGUCAUGGCAUCCCCCUCUUCAUUGAGGUCGUUGGCUUCAUCACCAGCGUCGUCGUCAACCCUCUCCUGUUCAACCUCUGGCUGCUUCAUCUGCUUGCUUAUGUUAUGAAGGCAGGCACAUGCCGUUAUCACAUCGCUCGCUCGUUCUGGAAUCAUGUUGAGCCCUCCACCAAUCAGGCAACGGAAUUUAGACUUCAAUUGUCCGUUGACUUGUUCUAUCACAACUCUGGUGCAACUGUGAGCUCUGUUUGAAAAUGAGAGAGAGAGAAGAUUAAUAGGACUACUAAUUUCCUUCUCAGAGGUCUUUUAACCCUAACUAGGCCUGGCUUUUUUGGUUGUUCUGUGGCCGUAGGGGGUUGAUUUACCCCCCCCCCCCCCCGGCCGUUUUUUGUCUUAAGGAAGAAACAAUGUUAUCUAUGAUGAUCUCAGGAUUUUUUUUUUUUCUUGCUCCUUUACUCUUACACAUGAUUAUUGUGAGUGAAGUUUCAAAUGCCAUGUUAUCUGUUGUAAGAUAAAUAUGAUAUUGGUAUACAGUGGACAGGUAAUGCAGUAGGUAUUAUUAACUAAGAAAAUGGUGGCAUUGAUUGUUACAUACUGAUUGUAUCUUCUCUCUCCUCGUGUUCUUGGCAGUGGUACCGGUGUCAUUAGCCAUGAUUGGAGGCCGUAGCCAGAGUCCCCCAGCAACAAUCCAUUUAGUGCUCCUUCUCUGAAGGCCUGGGCAAUUACGCUGGUCUGUUGAAAUGAGAGCAAGACAUUUCCUAUGAAAAUUUCCCCCUCAGUUCUUCUGGCAUUUGUAUAAAGAGUGACUAACAUUGUAACUUUAGCUUCAUUAUUGCUCUAUACCACAAUUUGCUUCCUUCUGGCUUGAAUUAGCAGUGGUUGUUAUUGACAAAAUCCCCAAUCUAUAGCUAUGAGGUACAUUUACAUUUUAUAGUAUUCAUUGUACUGAAAAUUUCUUUUUGUUCAGUAUAAUGUUUCCAAAUUCCUAGUUAUGGCUCCAGGUUCAUUUUAUAGCCCUACUUAUGAAUUCAUCUAACUUAAAAUAAUAAUAAUAAUAUACAACAUUUAUAAAGCACUUUAUACAGUUCAAGAAUACUAACUGAGUCAUGUUGAUUUUUUUUUUCAUGUUAUCUAUUUUUUUUUUUUUGGGGGGGGGGGGAGGGGGAAGGGAGGAUAAAAAACCUUCAAAUCUUACCCUGCAAAUCCUGCUAUCGUGCGUAGAUCCAGGCCAUCGAGCAGAAAUGCUCGUUAUCUCAUACUGGGCAUUGCAUGUUAGUUGGACAUUUAUACUGUAGAAGCCCUUUCUGUUUACAUAGAGAUGUUCGGCUGCUCCUAGGGGGACUCCAUUGAUCCGAACAUGAGUACCGUCAAUAGCCCCAACCACGUUGGGAAAGCUUGCCAGGAGGAAGAAACGUCUUUGGGUAUCACGCACUUCUUCUUGUGUGCAGGGAAAUUUAAUGAACUGUAGAAAAAUGAUUGAUAAAAAAAGAAUUGUUUGAAUAUUCAGACUCUCUUCAUUUGAGAUUAAGGCUAAUGAAGCUUGCCUGCAAGGAAUAAGAACUUGCUUUGUUGUUUUAACCAAGUAUCCGAUAUAUUGUGUUAACAAAUGAAAUAAUAUAUGUACAUAUAUAUAUAGAUAUUGAUUAACUCAAUCGUAUGCUCAUAUUGUACAACAUCCAGUUAGCAGGUCAAUAUUUGUACAUAAAAUUACACAUGUGCUGAAUGUCCAGCAAGUAAGAAAUGUCUUUAAAUUAUUUGUAAAUAUGCAUGAUUUAGAAUAAUUAGCAAGAUGAUAAACUUGAACAGAAGAUAUGAAUAUUUUUUCAAUGAAAAUAUUAACAGCAAAAUUCCACACUAACACUCAUGUGUAUUUCUUUGAUGUAUUUUCUUGAAAUUUGAAAUAAUUUAUUAACUGCAUGCUUACUUUCACAUAUUGUAUUUUCUACAGAAAAGUAAAACAAUUGUUGUACAAACAUAUUUAUUUGAUGCAGGAUACAAAUGAAUAUUGUUAUAAUGAAUAUUAUUAUAUUGGAUAUUUUUAUUGAAAAAUAUAUAUUUGAAUUUAACACAGUAUUGUUUAAAAUAGCAAUAUAUAGUACAAGUAAUAUAUGAAAAUAAGAUACAUGUUUGAUGAUUAUUUAUUAAUAAAUUCCAAUCCCAGAAUUAAAGCAAUUGCCUCCCUAUAUUUCUUUACUUUUUGGAUGUUGUCUCUGUUUUGCAUAUGUUCCAGGUAACUAACAAUUGCUGUAAAUACAUAUUUUAUGUGGUAGGUAAUUAUAAAUGAUAAUAUUUAUGAAUGAAUUUUAUAAUACCUGUAUUUGUGAAUUUAAAGAAAAUAUUUAAAAUAACUGCCAGUAGUAAUAAAUGAAAACAUGAUGUGUAAAAUGAUAUUGAUUAUUAAUAUUAGCAAUAAAAUUGUAUGCUGUAAAUUAU